AUGUCUUCUGAGUCAGAAAAGGAUAAAGAGAGACUUAUCCAAGCUGCCAAACUAUUCUUCUUCCACAUACGAGACCUAGUCUCCUUCAUAAAUCGGUUCGUUGAGCUGUUUAACCUCACGAUGAAGACUCAGGUCCUUCCCAUGAAUCUGAACGAAGAGAGCUGCAUUAAAGACUUCUUUGAACAAAUGAUCAGAAAUUUCAAAGAGAUGCAACUGAUGGUGGAUGGAAAGCACAAACAAAUGCAGAAGGAGCCGUUAUGCUCUAAGGUGCUGACUGCUGUGACCUCUGCAGUGGAGAAGUGCGCCACCAUUGCUCCACACCACACAGCGGAAGAUAUGCUCAAAAACAUCCAGACAUCAGGUGCUGCCUUGGUCCUGAAGACCAGUCACGUGCUUGUGAAUCUAGAAACUUCUCUCUCACUCCUGAUGCAGUUCCCAAUCAUGGGUCUUCGAUUAAGUGACCUCUAUAGAGAGGAGACCAAAGAGCAGUCAGAUGCCACCUCAGAUGCCACCACAGCUGAGAAAAACACGAGUGCAGAACGUCCCAAAGCCACUACAGAGGAAACCUUGAGGAAGCUGCAAGAUGUGCUAAGUCCUGCGAAUGCCCACAUGCCCGUAGAAGCAGCCGCAGACGAGCUGGAACAGUUUGUCAAGAGUAUGGAGAUAACGUUACAGGUCCUCCAGAAAUCCAUCAAGACCAUGGAAGGGGAUAUCUCUGUCCUUACUCAGGUCCAGGGCAAGUAGAGGACAACAUGUUCCUUUCUGAAUGAAAAGCAGCUUGAGUUCUCGAAUUUUUCAUGGUACUGUGUACAUGUCCUUGAUGCUGUAUAUUUGCUAUGUUAGAACCCAAGGGCAGAGUCAUCACUUGGAAAGCCACUCACCUGUAGUUCUGCUUUGUUAAACAAAAUAGCAAUAACCAAAGAAAGCCUGCUUGAAAUGGCAGUGACUAAACAGAAUGUCCUGCUGCAAGGACCGAGGCAGCAUUGCACUUGGGGAUAGUUCUAAAUAAGUGGUUGCGCUUAAAGCGUAUUAAAGCUAGUGGUCUGUCCUCCUCACAAGUCUAUCUCCAGUGGCAACAGUGUGAAGUCCAGGCUGGCAGAUCUUUGGGCAAAACCCUAAUUGCUGUCAAGGAAAACAUUGUUUCGCAGCCAAUGUGCGAGCGACCGC